UGGACUGUGUUAGUGUUUAAAUAUGGCGGCUGUUUUCGCAAGAACUGCGAGUAAAAUUUGCAGACUAUCUGCCAAAAUACAAGCAUGUCGGGGUUAUGCAAAUAUAGUAGACCUUCCAGAAACACAUCAACUUUUACAGAAAACUUUACGAGAUUUUGCCAACAGUGAACUUGCACCCAUUGCUGGCCAACUUGACAAAGACAAACAAUUCCCAAAGGAACAGAUUAAAAAACUUGGUGAACUUGGAGCAAUGAGUGUAAAUAUCUCAGAAGAAGAUGGGGGUACGGGUUUAGAUUACUUAGCAUAUGCUAUUGCAAUUGAAGAGAUAAGUCGGGGGUGUGGUGGCACAGGGUGCAUAGUCAGUGUAAAUAAUUCUCUAUAUUUGGGGCCUGUUAAUGGUUGGGCCAGAGAGGAUCAGAAAGCACAGUUUAUGACGCCAUUCCUGCAUGGAGACUCAGUGGGGUGUUUCGCAUUAAGUGAACCAGGGAAUGGAAGUGACGCAGGGGCAGCUUCUACCACUGCUGUUGAUAUGGGUGACCACUACCUUCUCAAUGGAACUAAAGCCUGGUGUACUAAUGGAUUUCAAGCAGAUGCAGCAGUUGUGUUUGCAACAACAGACAAAAGCAAAAAGCAUAAAGGUAUCAGCGCCCUACUUGUCCCUAAACCCACUGAAGGAUUAACCCUCGGCAAGAAAGAAGACAAACUAGGAAUCCGAUGUACCUCGACUGUUAACCUUAUAUUUGAAGACUGUAAAAUACCAAAAGAGAACCUCCUCGGGAAAGAAGGAGAAGGAUUUAAAAUUGCCAUGAUGACUUUAGAUGCUGGUAGGAUUGGUAUAGCAGCCCAGGCUCUUGGAAUAGCACAGGCUGCCCUUGAAUGUGCAGUUGACUAUGCAGGGAAACGUGAAGCAUUUGGCAGACCUAUUGCAAAGUUCCAAGCCAUACAGUUCAAGCUUGCCGAUAUGACAAUGAGGUUAGAAGCAGCUAGGUUAUUAGUCUGGAAGUCUGCUUUACUCAAAGAUGCUGGCAAAGAAUAUUCAAAGGAAGCUGCCAUGGGCAAAUUAGCAGCCUCUGAAGCAGCCACCUAUGUUGCCCAUCAGUCUAUGCAAGUCCUUGGAGGAAUGGGAUACGUCACAGAUAUGCCUGCAGAACGACAUUAUCGAGACGCAAGGAUCACUGAAAUAUAUGAGGGCACCAGUGAAGUGCAUAGACUGGUUAUUGCUCAAGGGAUUUUAAAAGAAUAUGGCAUAACUGCGAGAUGAAAAUAGAUUUUAUAAUUAAGAUUUAUGCCUAUUUAAAUUAAAGACAUGUGAUUCGGAUGAAGUAAAUGAGAUAUAGAGGAUGGACACAAUAAUACAAUUCCAAACUUUUUGAUUGUGCCUUAAAUUCAUGCUUCCUAUUCUGAUCAAAUAAAGCAAAAGUACUUGAAAUUUGGUGGUGUCCAACUGCCAAAUUGUGUAAGUAAACAUAGUUAAUUUAUAUGGGGGAGGGUAAAACCAUAAUAAAAGUAAUGUCAUUUUACCAAUAUCUGGUCAUGAUCCCUUACUGUGACUAUUGACCCUACAAUUAAUUCAGGGAAUCUUGUAGAAUACUAGUAGUCUUGAUAAUAUGCAAUUUAAAAAUAUAAGAGG